AUGGCCGCCGUCGAGGCCACGCUGCAGUCCAAUGGCCAUGCGGACGGCGCGCGACCUCCGCUCUCGGUCGCUCUGCACGUUCCCACCUCGGCAGUCGACCAGGUCAACUCGGUCCAGGGCGGCUCGGCGCCUCUGUCGGGCAAUCCGAACCGACGCUCCCACAUUCAGCAGAACGUCCAGGCACUUCCCACGCUGCCAGAAGCAUCGCAUGCGAAUGCGCUCAACACCGCCACAGGUCCGGCGCCAGCCGCGCUUGGUCUCACCGUCGACCUUGAUCCCACCACCUCGGCUGCCCUCAAUGGCCUCAGCCCGGCACAGAAGACGCUGACGCUCUCGCGCUCCCAGGGCUACGACGCCAUUAUCUUGGAACUCGCCAACGAGCGUUGGAAGGAUCGCUGGGAGCGACUCUGCCUAGCCAAUCCAGCAGACCUUCCAUCCGCAUCCGGCUCCUCCGCUACACCCUCGCCUCUGACUGCAGUGCAGAUGUCCUCCGGCGGCGCCAUGCUCGCCCGCAGCAGCAGCCGUCAGGGACUCAACAGCUUCACGCCCGGCGGUGUCCGGCAGUCCCCCUCUCCCGCUGUCAGCAGCGCCGGUCAAUCGCCGUUUGGCAGCAUCGCGCGCGAGGCAGAGGAAUGGCGCAAGGCACCCGCCUUCAAGCGGUCCGAAGUGAACCUCACCAAGCUCGAAGAGACCGAGGGCGUCAUCGCGCUCGCUAGCCAAUGGAUCGAGCUCGACUCGCCCGACGAAGGCGUGCGUCUCGAUUGCGAGCUGGCGCUGCGACAGGAGCUCGCCUACGCCUCCUACCUCGGCAUCUCGAACGUCGUCAUCCCACCGCCCUCAUCCGACCCGGCCCGCAAACCUUUCCUCGCGGACUAUGCGCGCGCAAUCAACUCAUGCCUAGCCAGCGGUAGCGCCGAGACCGCACCGGCUGGAUCGUGGAUGACGCUCACCAUCCAGUUGCCCGUAUCGUCGCCCUACCAGCUCAACAAGAUCCUCCAGCGUCAGAACGGCAAGAACGGCUUCGGCCUCACCGCAUCCACCACGGCGGGCAGCAACGCCUCGGCGAGCUCGCAGGCGUCGCACGCCAGCGCCACCUCGUCCGCCGCACUCCUCCGAGCCGAGGACGACUGGGCCUGGGAAACCUGGGAGCAGAUCCGCCAGCUGUGCGCGUACACCACGCGCCUCCAGAUCGCGCUCGAUCUCGGCAGCCCGCUGCCGGGUCCGAGCAUUCUGGCUCGCUGGAUGGCCGAGCCAGUCAGCAUGCUGUGGGUGCCAAGCGUCUCGUACCUGGCCAAUGCGAAGGGCUUCCCAGUGCUGUCCAAGGCGUCGCAGUCGUUCUUCCGAACCAUGUUCAAGAAGAAUCCCACCGUCGUGCUGAGUGGCGUGCAGAGUCCGCCGCCGACGCACUCGCGCGGCGGACCGCUGGCGUACCUUCAGUAUCUGCGACAUCUCGAGAAGGCGGCACCACCGGAUGGAGCCGUCGACUCGUUUGCGCGUGGCUACACCGACUGGCUUCAGGCACCGCUCCAGCCGCUGAUGGACAAUCUCGAGGGGACAACGUACGAGGUGUUUGAACGCGAUCCGGUCAAGUACGCGCUGUACGAAGAGGCCGUGUACAAGGCGCUGCUCGACCGACCUGCCUCGGCGAGCACGCUGAUCUGGGUAUGCGGCGCGGGCAGAGGCCCGCUGGUGGAUCGGUGCUUGAAUGCAGCGGACCGAGCGGGAAGAUCGGUCAAGCUCGUGGCGCUCGAGAAGAAUCCGAACGCGCUCGUCACGUUGCAGGAGCGUCAGGCGCUCGAGUGGGGCGAUCAGGUCCGUGUCCAGUAUGGCGACAUGCGCCGACACGCUGUGCCGCCCAGCAUGGCAGACCGGCCCGAUAUCGUGGUCAGCGAGUUGCUCGGCAGCUUUGGCGACAACGAGCUUUCGCCAGAGUGUCUCGAUGGUGCGAUGCGCUUCCUCAAGCCCAAUGGCAUUUCCAUUCCUUCGUCGUACACGGCGUUCUUGUCGCCGCUCUCGUCGGCCAAGCUGCACACCGAGGUGCUGAACGGAUCCAACGCGGCGCUGGCGUCGGCAGUACAGAAGGCGGCGGAGACGCCGUACGUGGUGCUGUUCCAGAACGUGGCCUUGUUGGCAGCCCGCGGCGGCCGAUUGAACUCGGAGCAGGUCCAGGAGUCGUGGACCUUCGAACACCGACCCUCUGCGGUCACUCCGCUGGUUUACGACGAGCAAGGGCUGCCCGCAUCGAACGGACACAACAUCCGCUCGGCCAAGCACACAUUCCACAUCCCGCAGGCAGGCACGUGCCACGGUUUGGCGGGCUACUUUGAAGCGCAUCUCUACGACAAUGUGGUGCUCAGCAUCCACCCGGACCCGGUCAGGGGGUCGAAAGACAUGCUGAGUUGGUUCCCGAUCUUCUUCCCCUUUAGAGAGCCGCUCUACCUGCCCGCCAAUGCCGAACUGGACGUGCACAUGUGGCGCAUGACGGCCAGCGACCGCGUUUGGUACGAGUGGAGCGCCGAGGUGUUUUUGCCCAUCCCGACUGCCGUGGAUGCGGCAAAACAGAGGCCCGUAUCGCUGGAUGCAAGCUCCUCGAUCGGCAGCACGAGCACCGCAGCAGACCAGCACUUUGCCAACGCGCCCAACACGCCCAGGAUACCAAGCCUGAGCCUGCCCAACGGGCCGGACGCCUUACAGCCCAGCCCGAUGCAGACCUCGACCAGAGCCAAAAUCAACAUGACCCGACUGCACAAUCCCGGCGGCCGCAGUUCAUGGAUCGGUCUCUAG